AUGCUCCCUUUGCGGGAGGACAGCCGGGAAGAGGGCGUCUGCCCCAUCUGCCAGGAACACCUGAAGGAGGCAGUGAGCACCGACUGCAAGCACCUCUUCUGUCGAGUGUGCCUGGCCCAGCACGUGGCGAAGGCCUCGGCCUCCGGAAUCCUCUGCUGUCCCCUCUGCCGGAAGCCCUGUUCCGAGGAGGUGCUGGGGGCAGGCUAUAUCUGCGACAGCCACCAGAAGAAGGUGUGCUGGUUCUGUGAGGAGAGCAGACUUCUUCUGUGUAUGGAAUGCCUGGUGUCCCCUGAACACAAGUCUCAUUGUGAGCUGGCCAUUGAAAAUGCCAUCAGCCACUACAAGGAACGACUAAACCGCAGGAGCAGGAAGCUCAGAAAGGACAUCGGGGAACUUCAGCGGCUCAGGGCUCAGGAGUUAGAGAAACUGCAGGCUGUGCAGUUUCAUGUAGACUGUGGGACUGACAGGCAGGAGGCUGAGCUGGGGAGCCAGCACCAAACUAAGAGACAGCUGGAUACCCUCCCUCAGCAGUGGCCAGACCACCUGGAGGACAUGCCAGCAGAGGUGUCCAGAAUCUUGGACAUCUCCACGGCAAUAACCCAGCUCAGCAACCUGGUCACUGAUCUGGAGAGGACAGCUAAGGAACUGAACGCCAACACACUGAAGAAUGCCAGUGACUUAUUGGACAGGUAUGAGCCAUCCCAUCUUUCUUCCCACAUGUGCUUACACAUGCAAACCCACACAAGCGUAGACAUGCUCAUGGGCUUUAUCAAGGUCAAGGAGAUCCAUUGCUCUGUUAACUUUUGUAUCUUCAUGCUACAUUGCCAGUAG